AGGUCACAAAACAUUAAAAACAGGCAUCUCUGCUGCAACACUGUCUGCUGUUUUGGGCAUAGACUUGAAGUGGACAAGAUGCCAGUGUCACACUUUGGUGUUUGUUAUGUGGAAAGUACUAAUUUAGUCUGAGGCAACAACACAGGUGGUGGGAUUCUUUUGCACUGUGAGUUGAGAUAUACAUACCAGCUUUCCAAAACAUUUGACCUGGUUGAGAUAUUUUGAAUGGUAUGUGCACUACAGAGCUUUGAACUUCGUGCUUGAGGACGGACAAACAGACACAACGCCCUUGGCGUUGCUAGGCACCCCUCCCAGCUGUCGGCAUGGAAAGGUCCAGAUUUUGACGGUCAACCUAUGUCAAGAUUUUUACAGCUUCUUUCUCACAGGCUGGGCCAGGACCUGGCUGGGAGAGUGGCAACGCUGUAGGAUUAAAUGAGUUCACAUGGAUGGAGACAAACACCAAGAGGCAGUGACUGUCUCCAAACAUGGAACAUGUUUCUGAGAUUGUGAAAUCCUCCCUCGCCCGUUCAAACAGGAAGAGGAAAGUCUUCAGUCGAAAACAACGCCCGAUCUUACCUGCCUCGGCACUACCGAUGAGGCCGAAACCUGUUGCCAUCAAUCCGUUGAACAAGAUUAACCUGCCUGUCAAAAAGUUGUUAGAGAUAAGACGAAACAUGAGCAUUCCAGUUCUUCUGAGAGAGCCAAACGUAGGAACGGAGUCUGCAGCAUGGGAGACCACUCUCUCAGACACAGCCAAGGUCAUAAGCCACAAGACAACUGAAGCCAAGGCGAAAGAAAAGCUAGCUCCAGCAGUCCAGCUUGUGAAAGAAACUUUUCCUGUGGGACCACCAAAGCAAAGCACAAGGAGGAAAGGGAAAAAACCAGUCAAAUAUAGCAGUGUUGUGUCAAGCGUUUCUGAUUUCGGACAGUGGAGAUGAUAGCUCAGGAAACGUGUCUUUAAUAAACUGUCUUAAUAUUAACAAGAAAAGCUAGAGUCAAACAUCUCUGACCCUAGUCUUCAGGAAAUUCGGUUCGCUUUCCCGAUCAAGAAUUGGCACCGGCGCAGCAGAUACAAGUGCCUGGAUUUGUGUCAGUUCUAAACAUGCUAGACCACAGCGGCCUUCCGUGGCUACAACGGUUAUUGGGACGAACAUGUCCCCCAUUGCUUGCAUCUUACAAGCCCCGCUCCUACACACUCCGAAUGUGGCAGAACCCCGUGCUGUCAACGGCAGCAUUGAAAAACCCAAUCGGAGCGCUUCAACCGGUCUGUGUGACCAACAAUCAACAGUACAUGCUGGUGCCAAUAUAUGGAGGAGGAGGAAAUAAUCCGCUGGACUUGUCACGAGGGAACCCUUCUUCCUCCCAAGCUGCUUCAUCUUUUGCCCAGAAGCUACGCAUUUCCAACGAGAACUCUCUUGGACAGGGUCCUCGAUCUAUUAGUGCAACGGCACAACUAUCGAAAUACUUGGAGCAAGUAAACGUGGGAAAAAGUCACAAAGAAAAGGUGCCAAACCUUCAAAGCUAAAGAUCAAGGCCUGCCGUGAUGCCAUAGGAAACACGUUAGUUUCUGAACAAUCCGAUGUUAUCAGUAAACAAGUCAGCACAGCAGGAAGUUAAGGUGUCCAAACGAAGUCCAGAUACUACAGUAGGGAGUGUCCGUUUAUUAUCUGGCGUUGGACAGGCACACGAGAGGCGAAAUCAGAAAACUAAGGUGAUUAAAACUCGACUCGACGAUGAUUUGUAAGUGAAACUAGUGUUUCUCAAGGUUCUCCAAAGAUACAGGUACCACCCAUACCAUCCUGUAAAGCUGUGUCCAAGCGUACAAGAAAGAGGCUGGAUUCACGCGAAGAAGUGGCAAAGAUUCUAAGUGUGGUAGAUUCGAACAGGUCCUCUUUGAAGGCUCAUAGUUCUGGCACUGAAAUUAACGACAAUGAUGUGUCAAGUAAUUUGAAUCCAGUGGACAACGGUUUUCGAACCAAAAAAUACAAAUUCUGCUUCGAAACGAAUGGUCUAACAGUAAUGACGAACGAUAGGCACUUGAUCCGUGAUGAUUGUGGUAACGCAUCUGCACGAGUACAGAAUAGUGAGAUCACAGAGGUACUAAAUCACACCCAGUGGAGCGCUGACUCUGAUAUACAAUGGCGGAGAGAAGUUGCAGAUACUCUUAGCGGUGAUGAACACAGAUUGAAUUCGAAGCCAAGCAAGUGUGACCUGAGAACAGCAGGAAGGAAGGUACCAAAGAUUUAGGUUACUCCAGAACUAUUUCUGGCGGAGUGGUAGACCCCCGUCUUUCACCGUUAAAUCGAGGAGAAGUUGCUGAAAUUUUAAGUCAGAUCGACACAGUUCACGGUAUGAAAGAAUACAGGCCGAGAAGCAAAAUGUGUCCAGAAAAGACACCACAGUUCACUUCUCUCACCGUGAUAAAUGCAAUUUCAUCAUCGUCCAAGUCUGCCUCUAUAGUG